AAAAUGAGCUAUAGAAAAACAGAACUGCAUGUAUCACAAUAAAAAAGAAAGAAUGUUGUGUGUGUGUGUGUGUGUGCAAAGUAUCAUGUGUCUCUCAGUGACUGAAGUUCUUGUCCUGGUGUGUCAAAAGUUGCACUGACGAAAAAAACACCUUUGCUCUGAAAAGGAAAAAAGACAGUGGAUACCAGCCCACACAGCAACAAGGAUAACCAAGACCAGGAGAAUAGCUCCUCCCACAACUCCAGCUGCUAUAAUCAGGUUGAU